CCCGUUUUCAUUACUUGUAUAUUUUUCGUCCUCCGUGUAUAUAGCCAACGGAGUGGGAAGUAUGGUAGUGGGGCAAUGUUAAUAGGUGGGGAAAUUACCGAAGUUAGCUGAUUUGCGCGAAUCGAGUACGAUCUCCUGUGAAUGAAUGACACAGAAAAUGGCGACAUUUUACAGAUGAGAGGAUGUUGGUAACACUGACGCCUGUUUGCGGAUGAUUGUCAAAACCUAUUUUCUCAGCGAAGUCCGCAGCUUUGCGUGCAAGUUCGAGGGAAAACAUCAUGACUCCGUUUGAUUCGUAAGAAAGGCAGAAGGCGCAAAGUGCAGCCACAAAGAAGAUAGCGUGUUUGUUUUUAAGGAGUGAGUGAGUGUGCAGAGAAAGGUUUCUUGUUUCGUUUCGCUCGUUGCGUUUCACCCGUUCGACGAGUGACGUGCCUCGGGUCUUCCUCGGUGGGGAAGAAGAUUACUUCGAUUCCAAACGCGAGGAGAGAAGGCGCGGGCUUUCAUCUUCGCGAAAAAUCUAUUAUGCGAUUGUGUUUUAACCUUUUCUCUUGUUGAAUGCGAUUAAAGUGGGCUGCCGUAGUGCCGUAGUGUGUGAUACCUCUGAUCCACGUCUGUCUUCGAGUCACUUUCGCAGCGGUCGACCGAUACACAUAGUACUUCGAUGGAGUUUAUUCGCGCGUGACACCAACUUUCGGGACACCAGGCUCGACUUUUGCCAGGUAGCCCCAAUUUCGAUUUACCACGUGUAUAAGCUUUCUACUCCGUAAAUAAUAUCUACGUUUCUUCUUGACGCGACGCUUAUACGACAUAAAAGCACCAGAGAUUUUGGUAGCUGUCUACAUUCACAUUAUUGUGACAGCUUUUAUUUUCUUAUAUUCGAUUAACAUGUUUAAUACGUGACAUGUACACCUCAUUCUGUGACAAGUAUAUAGUACUAUCUAUAUCUAUGGAAAUUACUUUUGCACCAUACGGUACGAUAGAAACUAUGCAAAAUUUUGCUAUUACUCACAAUUUCAAUCUAUUGAAUAUUUAAUAUAAUUUAAAGGCCAAGUCUAUGCAUUAUAAAUACAUUUAAAUACAAUAUCAACCUUACAUUGUCUAUGCAUUAGAGACAAUAGAACUUACGAGAUAAAGGGCCAUACAAAGAAAAUGAGUAACAGGCUUGAAGAACAAGAAUCAAAAUGGACUUGUGAAUAUUGUACAUAUGAAAAUUGGCCUUCAUCUUUGAAAUGCACAAUGUGCAAAGGUGCCAAACCUUUACUAGGGGAAGAUAUUUACCGUCUAAGGGAUCCAAGUCCACAAAGAUCUGGAUCAAAUGUUGCAUCUGGUCCAGUAACUCAUUUAAGUCCAACGGAUUCUUAUAAUCUUAGUUCUCAGAACUAUAGUCAAAAUGUACCAUUGGGAAAGUGGUCUUGUGCAAUGUGUACCUAUCUCAAUUAUCAAAAUGCCACACGUUGUGUUCAGUGUGGAAACAAAAAACCUAGUGGUCUUAAUCAAUCGAUAAACUCUAUAGCCUCAAAUUUACAUGAACAUCUAGCACCCCUUAGGUUAGGGGAUCCACCACCAAAUUCAGGAUCAAAUCCUACUCCGAUAAACUUGCAUCCAGAAAAAUAUUACAAUUUACAAGCUAAUUUACAUCCUGAAAAGUGGUCUUGUCUCGUGUGUACUUAUGAAAAUUGGCCAAAAGCUACAAAGUGUGUGAUGUGCGGUAAUCCCAAGGAAAAAGAUAGGAGAGAUAAAACUUCAACUAAUGUGGGUGUUAUUUUGCCAAGUCCUGAGAGGGAUCAUAGUCAACGCAAUUUACCUUCCCCGCCUCAUGCACCUUAUAUUCAUCAAACUCAGAGAGAGGAUAAUGUGGCAGUAGGACGAAGGAGUUCAAAUAGAUAUCCAGAUAGCAGAAAUGACAGUUUAUCAACUCCUCAAUCUCCUAAUAAUUGUGACUAUGAACGUAGACUAAAACAGUUAAGGCGUCAUACUGAUUGGUGCUGGUUAAAUGCGUGUCUUGGCAUUGUGGAAGGUGAUAAUGCUCCUGUCGAAGCUUAUUUGGCAAGUGGUGGUGAUCCUGCUCGUCAAUUGACACAUUCAGAAGUUCUGCUUCUAAAUAGAAGUAGUGCUUUUGAUGUUGGACAUACAUUAGUACAUUUAGCUAUUAGAUUUCAAAGGGAGGAUAUACUAGCAACAUUAUUAUCACAAAUUGAAGGCUCUGGCUCUGGAGUAAAAAGAGUACCAAGUUAUGUUGCACCUGAUUUGGCUGCUCAAAUUCGCAGACAUGUUACUAAUAGUAUCCGGUUGCGCAAGGGUUCUUUCCCAUGUUAUUUUGUCACUGAUAUAGCCACAUUUGCUUUACCUGCUGAGGUUGAAGAUUUACCGAGCAUAGUACAAGAACAAAUGUUGGAAGAAUUAUUAGAUAAAGAAGCUCAACAGCAGUUAGAAGGUGGUGGCGGAGAGCCACCAGCAUUAAAUUGGUCUUUAGAAAUUACUGAACGUUUAGGAAGUCGUUUACAUGCACUUUGGAAUAGAUCUGCUGGAGAUUGUUUAUUAGAUUCUGCAAUGCAAGCUACUUGGGGUGUUUUCGAUCGAGAUAAUGCUUUAAGAAGAGCUCUUGCUGAUUCUUUGCAACAAGCUGGUCAAUUUUUUUAUUCUCGAUGGAGAGAAUACGAAGCAUCACAAGCAUCUAGAAUGUUAGAUUUUACAUUAGAAGAAACUCAGUGGCAAGAAGAUUGGGAGAGCUUAUUAGCGACAGCUGCUCAACCAGGAAGUGCUUUGGAACAAUUACAUGUAUUUGCUCUUGCCCACAUUUUGAGACGACCUAUUAUUGUUUAUGGAGUAAAAUAUGUUAAAAGUUUUCGUGGUGAAGAUAUAGGUUACGCAAGAUUUGAGGGUGUUUACCUUCCACUUCUAUGGGAACCUUCAUUUUGUAUUCGAUCGCCUAUUGCUUUGGGAUAUACUCGUGGCCACUUUACAGCUUUAGUUCCCAUUGAACCUUAUGCAUCGUCCAGAAUACCACCUCUUUCAUCCCAUGGUGGUGUGGGCAUAGGUGGUGGUAAUAGUCCACUUCAACAGUUACAAAUACAAAUGCAGACCACGUUUAUGCCGCUAAUGGACCGAGAACACAAGCUUUUGCCAAUACAUUUUUUGAGCCCGGAAGAAGUAGGCCGGGAAGAAUCUAUUUUGAAGGAAUGGCUCGACGUGUGUAGGACGGAAGGUGGUAUUCUCGUUGCGCAACAAAAAUUACAUAAAAGACCUUUAUUAGUAGCACAAAUGUUGGAAGAAUGGUUAAAUCAUUAUCGAAGACUCGCUCAAACCAACAAUGCACCCUUUUUGAGACCAGCUAUUUUACAAGAUUACAGUAGUGACGGCGACACGGAAGACGAAUAACGAGGUGCAAUUGAUUAAAUUACUAAAUUCAUCCGAGAAGACUUUUCUCCAUAAUUUUCUUACAACCGUUCGGAACACGAUAUCUCAAAGAUUCGCAAUUUUUGGAUAAUAGUCAGGAAAAAGAAGCGUGCGGAUGUUACACACAUCUAUUGGCAAUGCAUUAUUUCUGGACGAUUUUUGUGCAUCUAAUAUUGAAACUACUUCUUUCGGUUUAAAAGAAGUAAAUUUAAAAUCUUUGUUCGAUUCGUACUAUUAAUUAUAGCGAAUGUUUAU